CAGUCGCCGACAGCGAGCGCAGCUGUGACUGCCACGUCUGCUAUAUCAUCCACUGUAUACUGGCUAGGCAACACCGAGCAUGAUGCUGGGAGGGGCAUCAAAGCUGGAAAUGCUCGUACAAAGUGCCUGCGAUCCGACACUCCAUGAGCCCAACUACGCCAUUCACCUUGAGAUCGCUGAAUUAAUCAACACCAAGAAAGCUAAUACCCCUCGCGAAGCAGCGAUGCUCAUAGCACAUCUAUCAAACCACCGAAACCCGCAUAUCGCCAUCCUUGCACUCGCGCUUCUCGAUACCGUCGUCCAAUCGUGCGGCUACCCAUUUCACCUCCAGAUUUCAACCAAAGAAUUCCUGAACGAGCUCGUUCGUCGAUUCCCUGAACGCCCACCUCCUUUCCCUGGUCCAGUCAUGUCACGGAUUCUAGAGCUCAUCCAUCGAUGGAAGGAGGGUAUCUGCUCUGAUUCCCGCUGGAAAGAGGACUUGGGGAAUAUCAAGGAUAUGCACCGGCUUCUUACAUUCAAAGGGUACCGCUUUAGGGAGAUUCCCCGCCGCGUGGAAGCGCCCCCGACGAUGAAUAUUAAAUCUGCCGACGAGCUUGAGUCGGAAGAUCGAGAAGCACAAUCUGCUAAACUCCAGGAACUUAUCCGGAGAGGUACCCCGCGGGAUCUGGUAGCCGCGCAAGAACUCAUGAAGUCCCUCGCUGGCGCGAACCCGGAAGCAAAACCCGACUACCGCUCUCAAGCCAUGACAGAGCUCAAUAAGCUCGAGAGUAAAGUCAUUCUACUCAAUGAGAUGCUCGAUAACGUCGAUACUACACAAGGGGAGAAGUUCGCAUCGGGAGACGCGUAUGACCAAGUCGCAUCGAUAUUGAAGUCUGCCCGUCCGAAGCUCCAGAAAUGGGUCUCGGACGCAGAAACAGACGACCCUGAGUCGUUAGACGCCUUCCUCCAAAUCAACGACCGAAUCAAACAACGCGACUACAGCAUAUCCGCCGUCCCAGCUGAACUCGCACAAACUGAAGGGUCCCUCAUUAAUUUCGAUGAUACCUCGCAUUCAUCAUCACAAGUCGCACCAGUAGAUGAUCUAGCUUCAUUAUUUGCCUCGCCGCCACAACCCCAAUCUUAUGCCCGACCAUCAAGUGCUAGCGCAAUGUUCGCCUCACAACUCAGCGCCUCCUUGACGAACAACGCUUCUUCCUCUACUUCAUCACCCGUUCCGAAUACCCCAUCGCCACAGCCCCAGUUCGGGUCUAUCAUGCUCGCGCCUACCCCACCGCGGAUAACGUCACCCAGUUAUUUCGGGGGUAAUAACGGAGGUACGAGCCCUCCGAAUUCAAGCUCGUCGUUUGGAAUGGGUCCUCCUGGAUUGGGUAUGAGUAGGCCACCAGCGACAGGCAUGAGCACGGUGCAAAAUGGAGGUUUGGGUAUUCCUAUGAGCACACCGGGAUCAAGGGUGAGUAUGGGCGCGAUGAUGGGGCAGACGCAACCUACUUCGACGCCACCGACGCAGCAGGGGAAGGAUCCGUUUGCAGAUCUGGCGGGGUUGUUUUAGGUACCUGUCGUGUUGUGCUUGUGCUUUACAUGGGUGGGGUGAUCGAUACUCGAAUCCGGAUGUUGUGCGGUUUUGGAUCUUGUUAUUCUCGGAGGCAAAUAUAACUUGGACUGAAAUAGUAUUUAUUGCUCGACGUCUACAGAACGAUGACUGCUUGCUGGUAAUUUU